CUAUCAAGUUCAACUACCAAGUACCAACCACCCAAAACUCCAGUUUCUAACAGAUAAACCUCCAUGGCUUCCACUCCAAUUCUCUCCCCCACCACCACUACCACCACCACCACUCUAAGUCACCACCAAUCGCUCCACUUCUUCUCCACACUACACCAUCCUAAUUUCCCUUUCAAAAAUGACAGACCAAUCACCAAGCUCCACGUGUCUUCCCCAACCAACAAGCCCUCUACCAUCACCACCACCACCACCACCACCACCACCACCUCUAAAAACCCCACGAAGGAAACUAUUUUCUUUGAUGGUGGAGCUCACUAUGGGGACCUUUUAGCUAACCUUCUUCUGGGUUUCACUCUGUUUUGGCUACCAUUAACUUUGGCUGCGGUUUCAAGGGCCUUCAAUUUGAGGUACAGGUUCACCAACCUGCGGGUCACGGUUAUUUCAGGACUGACGGGUCAGGAGAGGAGUGAUUUCUCCUACAAUGUGAUCAAGGAUGUUCAGGUUGUGCCACGUUUCAUUGGUGAGUGGGGUGACAUUAUCAUUACUCUCAAGGAUGGUACUAAGGUUGACCUUAGGAGUGUGCCUAAGUUUAGAGAGAUUGCUAAGUAUUGUCUUUCUAUGGCUAAAAACCCUAAGGUUUUGAAGGAAGAAGGGCCUAAAGGGUUUUAGACAGUUUUUGGUUUGGUUUGGUGCAUAUGGGUCUAUUGGUUGGUGGGCAAGAGUUUGAUUCCUUUGUCUUUAGAGGUAUGUAAAUUUUGUGGAUAACAUAGCAAUCUGCUUGUUAUUAUGAUAAUUGGGGGAUAAUUUUUGUUUCAUAAUGAUUACAUGGCUUUUUGCUUUUCGUU